AUGGAAGAGGCUGUAGGUGGAGCUCGGAGAAAUAGAAAACGCUACAUUGGGGUGCGGCAGCGGCCUUCAGGAAGAUGGGUUGCGGAGAUAAAAGACACGAUACAGAAGAUGAGAGUCUGGUUGGGAACUUAUGAUACGGCAGAGGAGGCUGCAAGGGCUUACGAUGAGGCUGCUUGCUUGCUCCGUGGAUCCAAUACUCGGACAAACUUUUGGCCUUGCCAAUCAACGCCAACCCUUCCCUCAAAGAUCACCAAUCUUCUUCUGCUUAGGCUAAAGGCUAGGCACAUUGCGGCCGCCUCUGCCUCAACACCAGCUUCCGAGCAGGAAAUUAUGAAAGUAAAAGACUAUGAUGAUCAGUACUUUGAUAGUUUCUUCAAUGUGCCCCAAGAUUGCACCAUUUACGAAAAUGGUCAUGAUGCUAAUUAUACUGAUAGUAGUUUUGAGUCAAGUUUUACGGGUUGUGUGGGAGCCUUGGAUAUGGAUGAGAAUUGGAGUAAUGUUGAUGAUGGCAAGAGUAGUACUCACGGGGGAGGGAAGGAGGAAGAAAUAGGAGAUUUGCUGUUUGUGGAUGCUGCGAGAUCUGAUUGUUAUUGUUCACCUUUUGAGAUAGCUGAGGAAAUGGUGGAGCCAUUAAUGGAGCUGGAGAAUCAUGGGGAUGAUGAGAGUUCAGUGCUUGGAGAGACUAUGAAGAGGAUGAUGUUUGAACGCAAAUUCUCAGCUUCUCUUUAUGCCUUCAAUGGGAUUCCAGAGUGCUUAAGGCUGAAGCAAUCUGCAGGGGUGGCAAAUGAAACAGAGAGGUCUGAACAAUCAUCUAAUGAAGACAAAAAAGAUAAAGAAGAAACUUUUCAGAAGGUGGUGCAAGAAGAGGUUGAGAUCCUCCCACAAACAUCGACAGAAACAGGAUCUUCUUCUUCUUCAUCCUCCUCAUUUUUUAGCACAGAAAGUAGUGAACAGUGUCUUUGGAGCUCUCUCAAUCUUUCUUCUAUCUGGUCUAUAUGA